AUGGAAAUUGCAGAAUCAAUUAGAAUAAUUGAAUACAACUUAAAAAAAUUAAAACUUAUUCAAGUAAGAGCGGCUGCAGUUAGAAAAUCUUUAGGAAAAAGAAAUGAAUAUGUUUUAGGAGAAUCUCAAAAAUACAAUCGUGGAAUGCCAAUAGGAUUUGAAUUUAAUAUUUAUCCACAAUUAUUGUGUUUAUCAAAAAUAUUAAAUACAAUACAAGAUUAUCAAACUCUUGUAAAAGG